CACUGCUGCUCUUCUUCAUCGCCUCGUCACCCGUCAUGUGCAUUGUGUUCUACACCCAGUCGCAACCAGGCUAUAAGCUAAUCCUCGCUGCCAAUCGCGAUGAAUUCCUCGACCGGCCUGCCUCUGAAGCCGGAUGGCAUAACUUCGACGACGAGUCGCGGGAUGACAACUGGGUACUUUGCGGCCGCGACCUCGGUAGCCCCGACAAAGGAACAUGGCUCGGCAUUACGUCGGAUCUGCGCAUCGGCAUCCUCACCAACAUCAGAUACCCCAUCCGCGAGCCUCCCCCCAAUGCGCCUUCUCGUGGCCACCUGCUGAAGGAGUUCCUCGCAUCCCCGCCGGAACAGGCACCGUCGGUCAACGACUUUCUCUCAAACAUCGACCCGGCGCGCUACGUUGGUUUCAACCUCCUCCUCUUCAACCUGAAGCGGCGGAACGGCGCGUGGCUAGAACCGGAAGCGGGCUAUCUGAGCAACCGGUCAAGUCCACCGCUUCUCCACCCCAAUGACUGCGGGUGCAAAGGCAUGUCCAACUCGCCAUUGACAGAGCCGUAUCCCAAGGUUCAAAGCGGCGAGGAGCGCAUGGCAGAGUCACUCACCGAAUGGGCGCGGAAUGAUGAGGAGGAAGACCAGCUCGUUGAACGUAUGAUGGACCUGCUAUCGCAAGUUACCAGGAUCAUGCGGUCCGCUGACUCCAGUCCCGCACCCCCAGUCCACAGCCCGGUCGACAUGACCUACGCUACACAGGUCGCCCCAAUCCGGAUUGGAGCAAAAGGCCUGGGUCCCGCUGAUAGUGCAGGCGAGGACCAGGAGUCACGCUGGUAUGCGACUCGCGUCGCAACCGUCAUCCUCGUCCGUGAGGAUGGCAGGAUUACAUUUGUGGAACGAGACCGCACCAAGCUGAACAACGGCGACGUUGUUUCUGCAAAUGGUGAACGCAGGGAGAUUUUCACGGUGUGACUGAUCGAACUAGCUGUCAUGUAACAAUGCAUCCCCCACUAUCGACCCAAAGAGGAACUAGAUGAGGCCAAUC